AUGGCCGGAUCAAAAAGCAUAUCCCUAAAAUUUGUUGAAUUAUCAUUCAAUGAAGAAUAUGGUGAUAUUUUACCUAAAGCAUAUAGAGAUUCUUCAAUUGUAAUUUUCGUAUGUUCAUAUGAUUCUCAACAAUCGCUCAAUGUUCUCAAAGAAAAGAUUUACCCUUUCAUAUCAGAAAAGCUUGGCCAACAAAACUUCUUACCUUUCUUAAUAAUGACAAAAUCUGAUAUUUUAGACAGCACAGACCAAGUAGAUUUACAUGAUUUUCAAUUAUUCGCUGCUAAAAUUGAUACACAGCCUGUGAUGGUCAGUGCAAAAACGAAAUUUAACAUUUCGGACAUCAUUAAUUUUUUGAGGAUCAAAAUACUCGAAUAUUAUGAUAAUAAGAACAAAGAAAAGCGUAUCAAUACAGUUGAAAGCCUCAAAUCAGUUGCAAUAGAAUCUCCAAAGAAAGAUUCUAAAAAAGAAGAAAAAUCUUGUUUGUUAAUAUAA